GAACAGCCAGCCAAAGAGAAGCCCGUGUAUGAUGAAACGAAUGACGCUGUUUACCACGUUGUGCACGGACCCUUUGUCAAACCCCAGGAGUACAGAGGGUUAGUAGGAGUUUUAAACCCAACGGGCGUCGAUUUUGACUAUGACAUCGUGGCGCCUGAGGGCUCCAAGGUGGCGCUUAGACUCCUGAGGCUCGAGCUCGAAUCUUGCUGUGACUACAUAAACAUUAGCAACGGCGAUGGGACCACUAGAAGUGUCUUCUACUAUGGCCACGUAGUCGCAGCACACUUCAAACUCGGCUCUCAAAACCCGAAUGGCGAUUCGAGACCCAGUCGGGGCCACGAGUUGGUAUUCGAAAUCUGUUUCAGAAGUGUCUUCUACUAUGGCCACGUAGUCGCAGCACACUUCAAACUCGGCUCUCAAAACCCGGAUGGCGAUUCGAGACCCAGUCGGGGCCACGAGUUGGUAUUCGAAAUCUGUUUCAGAAACCCUAGCCUCACGGUGUCAAUGCUAGAGCUGCUGACAACUAGGUCAUAUCCACAGUCUCUGGUUGGCACAGAGCUGGGGUAUGUGUUUGGGAACCCUGGACUGGAUAUGAAUCCGUGGUCAGAAGAAUUGAAAAUGACCUCGGAAGUGAAUUUUCACAAACCAAGGCUGAAAAUAUCUCCAACACUGCCCGAAGAUAUCGAAAAUUUCUUGGAGGUUCAGCUAAAAAUUGAACGCAAUUCACUAAUGGUGAAUCCUAAAAUUAUUCGAAAAUGGAAAAAGGCAGACUCACAUCGGCAGGUCGGAAUCAUGGAUGGAAACAUAAUCACAGCAGACUUCAAAGUCUGCUCUGAGAAACCGCAGGGCAAUUCUGGCACCGUGAGGUACCACAAGUUGGUAGUCGAGAAGGACAUUGAUGGGAUAUUGCAGAGGAUGAAAUGGAGACAUAAUGACACCAAAUUGUUUCCCUGGCACAUGUUGCACCGUUUGCUUGACCAUGUCAUCGGGGUUCUUGGAAUCCGUCCACACUUCACCUGUCGCCACGUUGACCCUAAUGACCUGUUUUUUCAAGUCAGCGUUUUCUGGUUUCUCCUUUGGUGCAUCAACCUGACCUGCAAUAAAGGAAGACUUGAUGUUUUGGAGUUGUUGUGA